AUGUCCCUCAUGACAUCGGAGCAACUUCAGUCUCGUCGCCCUGCCGACGGUCACAGGAGUGAGAGCGCAAGCUCUCCACCAGGAGGAGCAGCUGCGGCAUCCUCGCAUGUACUCCUUGUGCUGGAGCCCCGAAAGCUGCCGCCAGACUGGCCCAUCCAGAUCCUUCUGGACAUCACAAAAGUCUUGAAUGUUCCGCAAGGCAGAAUCAAAGUAAGGCAGCGGGAUAGUAUCAAGCAGAAAGCGGUGGUCAUCGUCACUGUCUAUGAAGAUAAAACAUCUCGAAGUGUGAGCAGCGAUCGGCUGGCAUAUGAGCUGUUGUCACUUGCAAACAACAAGGAUAGCUCCAUCUUCAGGCAACCCGUUACAGCUGCGAUCCUCCAAGCAAGAAUUGUGAACAAGAGGCCGCACACAACGCAUCAAAAGGAGAAUGACGCUUCGGUAUCUUAUUCAAGUCCUGACACCGGCGCAAAGAUCAAAGGCAAAGAAAAAUCAAAUGCAAGAUUUGUGCUGAUAGAAGGCAUUUUGAUGACAGACGGGAUGUCACCUGAAAAAGCAAGACAUAAGAAUGAAGCUGUCGCUUCAGCUCGUCUCUUCACUCUGUCGGACUUUCUCGGCGAAUUAUCAACCCGCAACCUCAUCCCAACGUUGAUCAGUCCAUCCCAAGCAACAUCGCACUUCAUCCAUGCGCUGAGGAUGAGGACGAAAAGUUUUCGGGAGGGGGUGAAGGAGGUGCAAGAGAACGAGGAGGCGAUGACAAGAGAGGAGAUGGAGAUUUGUAUUCAAGGCAUCCUCGCGGACUUCAACAGUCGAUUCCACAAGUCUGACAGAGACAUACGAGACAAGAACGACAGGAACGAAGCUGGCAUGCCGGACAAGCAGAAUGCGCAGCACCCGGUCGACUCAAGCCAUCGCAAGCACACGCACCUUGAAGCACAUGCGCGAGACCUGACGAUUCCUUCCAUCAUAUCCAAGGAAGAAGCGCUUCACCGAUUCAGACGUGCGACUCAAGAUGAUAGCGACAUUCUUCCGUUCGAGAAGUUCAAGCUAAUCAUGAAGAAGAUCUUCAUUGAGAGCAACAAGAUGAAACGGCAUGUUGGAGAGGAGAGGCCCUCAAGACGAGAGUUUGAUGAGAACAUGAGACGAUCAGAGAUGAACAACGAAAAUCUUCAUGCAGAGUCACCACCAAGAGAGAUCUGGCGCAGUUACCAUCCCCUCGACAACAGCCUCAGGCUGGAGACGCCGGACAAGACGGGCAGAUUUCAUUCCCUCACUCUCGAUAAUCAAGACUUUCACUUCCGCCAGCAGCUCAUCGCCGUCUCCCGUCAGGCUGUGCAGAGGCAGCAGGAGGGCAACGACGUGACUGAGGAUUACAAUUACAGCAUGCUCGAUCGAGCCAUCUCCCCUUCUUCCAGCCCCACACCCUCCAUCGACCCCCCUGUAGAAAGAGUGGAGAGGGACAAGUCAGGAUUCCUCGCCAACCUGGACGGCAUGGUCUCCUCCACAACCUCUCCUGCCCCUCCAGUCUCCGACUCUCCUCCUCCUCCCUCCUCUUUCCUCCCCAUCCAUCCCGUGGCUCGGCAAGACUUGCGAUCUCCAACCGAGGAGGAGCGCACGGCGCAGCCGCACGCUCUCCUUCCUCCUCCAGCAGCGGAUCAUGCGCACGAGAGACCCAACGGGAGGCUACAGGAGCAGGGAGAGGAGAGGAGGGAGAUGCUGCGCUCACCCGUGGGGAGGGAGGAAGACCUCUGCGUGCAGCUAGUGCUGGACUACAAUUACUCCGACUUGUCCCAAGUGAGCGUCAUGGAUGAAUUUUGCAGUGAACUCAAACUUGACAUGGCUGAGGCGCUAACGAUUCAUCCUGACCGACUUCAUGUGCUCGAGAUCGCCGCGGGCAGUGUCAUCGCAACUCUUUCGAUCUCUCCUUGUCCCAACCACGAAGACAACCGAUCGACGGCUGAGCUGUGGGAGGAGCUUGUGUAUCAGGCUGAGGACCAGGAGAGCACCCUGAUGAGCGGAGUGAUCACGAACCGCCUGCUCAACCUGCGGGGUCCCUUCAGCAGGGCAGAGCUGCCGCUGGGGAAGAAAGGGAGCAGGAGGGACUCGACGGCAAGUCACAAGCCAGUCAUGCUGAACCCUGGGGGCAACGAGCUUGUCAUGGUCGGGACGAAGAAACUUCUGCCUGAUCCUCUGCAGGAGAAUGAGCUUGAGAAGCAGAGCGCGGAGAGGACGAGACAGGAUGAAGAAGAGAGAAGAGACAACGUGCGGAGUGAGAAGAUGAAGACGAGGAAGAGCGAAAGUCAGAUUACAAACACGGGCGUUGCGACAUUCCCGCAUGAGGUAGAGGAAGUUAUCUUUCCUCCUCCGGAGCAACUCGACAUCAGGUCCAACAAGCAAACGAUCUUCUGCUCACUCAAAAUGGACAUCUACCCGAGACUUCAUGGUUGGCUGCUGAUGGCCUCAUCCACUGAUAGGAGCAGAGAAGCAAGCUUCAGCGUUCCUGGCGACCAGGCCGAUCAGAUGGAAGGACAAACGCUGCAGAAGAAGAAGAAGGGCUUGUGGGCGAAGAUUAAGAGCAAGGCGCUAGGAAAGAGCAAGAAGUCCAACAAAUCCAAGUUCUCAGCUUCGCUCUCGCAAUUCUACUUUGAGAUUGACCCCGUCCGGUUCAAACUGUUUUGGUUUGCCAAACCCGAUGACUCUGAAGGAGGCGAUUCACACGCAGCGCUGGGCACUGUCGACCUCAACCAUUGCAAGGUCUGGGCAUGCCCCUUCUCAGAGACGAAUCGAUCGAACGUGCUUGCGAUCAAAACGGGGAAGGACGUUAUUCGCCUAGCAGCAGCUGAUUCCGAGGAGUUCGAGAUCUGGAUCAGCACACUGCAGAUGAUGGCAAACAGACCGUCGAGUAACAAUGACCAGCACAAUGACCCGCUUGCUCGAGAGCGUUGGGCUGCGUUUGCAGAGUUGACGAGGAAAGACAUUGCUCGAUGCCUCUCCAAGAACGAAGUUGUGCGAUGGGAUCAGAUCAAGGCAACUGUCUUGACGCGGAAAGAGGCGUCGGAGAGAGAGGACAUGGAGGACGAGUAUGAGGACGAGGAAGAUGACGAGGAAGAGGACGCAAUCGAGGAAAGAAAGCGGCAUUCCGAGCUCUUGCAGCACAUUAUACAGAUUGACUUCCGGAGCACAAAGGAUGUUGGAAGCUGCCGGGACGGCGAGUUCCUUGCCGCCUGCUUCCAGAAGGCCAUAGCUGAGUUAGGUGAGAAGAACUCGCUAAGGUGGAGGCCGGGGAGCUGCAAGAUCGUCUCCAUAAUCGCAGAGGACGAGCUCGACCUCUCCCAGUACAAGCAGGUCGCCGUAAGCCCCGAUGCGAACCGGGCUAGCUCUCAAAGCAGACUUUCGGAGUUGUCAGAGAUGGCGAUGAAAAUGUCAGGAGAAGACAAAGAUGAAGACGAAAACGAUUUGGAAUUGGGAGAGGACAGGGGCAGAGAAAGAUGGGGCGGAGACGCAGGUGCAGGCGAAGGUGGAGAGGAGGAGGACGAGGUGGACGUGAGGCGUCAGCCGGGCGAUGAGGAGGACUAUGAGGAGGAGGAGGAGGAGGAGGAGGAGGAGGAGGAGGACUACUUUUCAAGGAAGAAGGUUCAUUCUCCAGCAAAAGGAGGAGGCUCGAGCUCCAAGAAGAGGAGAUGA